AUGACCCCCGUUCACUUUACCUUCUCCUCCGCAUUCUUACUAGGACUUACAGGCCUAACAUUCCACCGAACCCAUCUUUUAUCAGCACUCCUCUGCUUAGAGGGUAUAAUGUUAUCUCUCUUCAUCGCUCUCUCACUAUGAGCACUCCAACUAGGCUCCAUUAGUUUUUCAGCCUCCCCCCUUCUUCUCCUGGCAUUUUCAGCCUGUGAAGCAAGUGCAGGACUUGCCCUCCUCGUAGCAACCGCUCGAACCCACGGCUCCGACCGCCUACAAACCUUAAAUCUCUUACAAUGUUAA